AUUCCACGGUAUCCUGGAGACCAAAGCAGGAGAAGCUGAGGGCCUUAGGGGAAGGUCUUCCUCCUUCAGCUGGAGGGAACAUGGCAGGGAACAGAGGAGUGACCCUGUUUGUCCUGCUGCUGUCUUGCUGGCAUGAAACCAAGCUCCAACCGAUCAAUAUGACUUCAGGUCCAACCACUGAAAUGCCACCCAGUUCAAAAAGUCAAGAGGAUAUGCCUGGAGUAUUUGAUGAAAUUCUAGUCCGAGAGAUGCUGGAUCCAAAUAAAUCAUCAAUGGCUGGAAAACAAAGGACGGCAUCAACAAUAUCAACAAAAUUAUUCAUGGGAAAAAAUUCCAACCUGGAUGAGAAUUUUCAAGUUGGUGCUCCUCAGAAUUAUCAUGGACUCCCAGAUAAUUCACAGUUCUCUCUUGGCAGUGAGGACAAAAUUUUCAAUAAUGAACCCAGCAUUGAUGAGAGUUACCAAAUUGCCGGUCCUGAGGGUUAUGGUGAAUCACAGUUCUCUCCUGCCGGAAAGAAGAACUCACAAAAUGAGCAAUAUAAAAAACUAUCAAUUCUGGACAAAAUCCUUCAAAACAUUGGAAAAACUUCAGCAGGAAACUCUCUCCAGUAAGUGGAAGGGAACGGGGAGGCUCUGAAGAGGUGCAGAGGACAGUCAACACGGCCAUCUGCUCUGAAGGAGCCCCCUCUAUAGGAAAUCCAGACUUUGUGAGACCCCACAGCCCCUCAGGAAUAAAGAGCAUAUAUGUACACAUGUUGUUAA